AUGUUGCCGCAACCUUCAGAAGACAUGUGGAAAACUGUUGCUGACACCUUUAACACAAUUUGGAAUUUCCCCAACUGUUUGGGAGCGAUAGAUGGUAAACAUUUUACAAUUCAAGCACCCCCAAAUAGCGGCUCGCAAUUUUUUAAUUACAAAAAAACGUUUUUUAUUGUAUUGUUGGCACUUGUUGAUGCACAUUACAAUUUCGUAGCUGUAGAUGUUGGUGCGUAUAGCAAAAAUAGCGAUGGUGGCAUUUUUGCAAAAUGCAAUCUGGGAAAAGCACUUCAAAAUAAUAGUUUAUCUGUCCCACAGCAUGCACCAUUACCACGUACAGAUAUGGAGGCUCCUUAUGUAGUUGUAGGUGAUGAGGCAUUCCCUCUAAAAAACUAUUUCAUGCGCCCAUAUCCAGGAAGAGAACUGCAUAAUUCUAAGCGGGUGUUUAACUACUGUUUAAGUAGAGCUCGGAGGACCGUUGAAAACGCUUUUGGGAUUUUAAUACAAAAAUUUAGAAUCUUCACUAGAAGAAUCCAGGCUAAACCGGAAAAUGUAGAUUACAUAAUAUUGGCAGCUUGUAUUCUACAUAAUUUCAUAAAAAAAUAUGAUACAAAUACUUAUAAUUAUCCAAAUGCAAACUUCAAUAAUGUUCCGCAACAACAAGUACACCAAAAUCUACCUAUGCAGGGGGGAAAUGCCACUGCUGAUGCAUUUCAAGCAAGAGAAUUGUUUACAGAAUACUUUUCUUCAGAAAUUGGAUGCGUGCCAUGGCAAGACGAAAAAGUUUAA